AUGCUAUCAUUGAUAGUUGUAAUCAUUUGUACAUAUUGGUCAAAUUUAAUUGCUCAACAACAACAACAGGAUAAUAUUAACUUGAACAAUAAUUAUCCCAUUGCGCAGUUAUUGUCGCAGGAACAAUCAAAUAAUAAUAUUAGUGCAGCAGUAAAUAUUUACCCAACACGUCAUUCAACUAUGAAUAGCAAACAAAUUACCGAAUUAAAAACUAGGAUGCGUAAUUUACCGGUAUAUUAUCACAACCAACAACAAAAACAAAAACAACAACAACAACAGAAUAAACAACAACAGAACAAAGAACAAAUUUUAAUGAAAAUGUAUACUACACAUUUGAUUGAUCAAUCAUCAUCACCACAACAGAUCAUUUCUGGACAAAUAACGCCAUUAUUGCAACAAUUUGCGCCUAAUAUGCAACAGCAAUUUCCGCCUAAUGCGCAAGAACAACAACAACAGUUUCCGCUUAAUGUACAGCAAUAUAUUUCAACAAGCAAUCAAUCAAUUAUCAUUCAACCAUCACCUAAUUCUCAAAGUUUACCAUACAAAAAUAUCACCAAUCAACAAUCAUUAACUUCAAAUAUUAUUGAACAGGAAAAAUUUGAUCAACUUUUUCCACUCUGGAAUACCUAUCAAUCAAUUAUCACUACUGAUCAAUCAUUAUCAAAUGCUGAACGACGUCUAAAGAAAUGUUGCUCUAGGUUAAAUGAAGCAGAUACAGAAUGCAAGAAACAUUUUUGUGGGUUUGAUGCAUUAGAACCUCGAACGAUUCUUAUUUAUUUAUUAAUUUGUCAAUCACGUGGUCCAACAGUUGGUCAAAUGUGGGAUUGUGCUUCAUCAAGACAAAAUCAUACUGCUUGUUGUAUUAGAAAAGGAGUUCGACCAGCAUGUCAAAUUUAUUGUGAAACAACUAAUGGAGUACCAACUGAUUACAGUAAAUAUUUGUUCUGCUUAAGUAAUUUCCGUCAAAUACGUGACUGUUUCCGUGAACACUUAGAAACGAAUCAUAAUUUGUACGGUGAUUGGUAA